AUGGCGUCGCCGCCUGUGCAGCCGCCGGCGAACCCGAAUCCCGUCAUCGUGUGGCCGAACCUGCCCAUGUCACCGCUGGUCCAGACGCGCGUCGACGUCGUCAGUGUCGUCCGGCCCGCAAACCAGCAUCCGGCCGCCGCCUUGGCCGUCCUUGCCUGGGUUUGGGCUCAAGAGCGAGCUGAGCGGCACGCCCAGGUCGUCAAGAGGACGGCGGUCAACCCUCCCCUCAUGUUCUCGAUGCUGUGGAGCCCCGGGAUCGCAUGCCUGCACGACCUCGCGCUCGCGACUGCGAACGUGCCGGCAAGCAACUUCAUCCUGUACGAGGCUCUGCAUCAUGUCGCCUUGCCGACCGAGUAUCAGCAACUCGCGCUCUUCGUCCAGCCGGGCACGUCCGCCGACGGCUCGGCCCUCGCCGUUCCGCGCCUCCUCCUUGAGCGCAUCCUCGAGUGCGCCAACUCCCAGGUCCUGUCGUGGGUCGAGCAGCUCGACGGACGUCGCCGAGCGACGCACUCGGAGCUGCCUCAAACUGGCCGCGGCGUCCUCCUUUGCCCGCGCCUCGAGGUCGAGGCGGGCUCGGCCGGACGAGGCAUAGACUGGAUCAUGCCGAUCGUCCACCACCACCUCGAGCUCGUCGAGCAGCCACCCCGCAACGUCGACCUCGGCGUCGUCCCACCGUCCGUCGGCGUCUGGGUGCCUGCGACCGACUCGACGAGCGCGGCGCCGCGACGAGUCGACUUCCCGACCCUGAGCGCCUCGAAGCUCCUCACCUACGAGCUCGUGCGCCUUCGCCAACACUUCGACCCGAGGGCGCCCGGGUUCCGUGGCCACGUCGACGCGUACGGGCACCAAGGCCACGCCGCCGUGUGCGUCUUCAACAUCUUCCUCCUCGUCCAGAUCGAGCAGGAAACUUUUCGAGCCGAGGCGCAGCAAGGCCCGCAGGUCCCGGACGCCGUUGCCUUGGCGAGGCUUUCGUGCCGCCUCAGCGACUUUCGCCGGGUCGCUCGCUCGUACCUUGCCGCGUCGUCUGGGCGCGACUCCGUCGGGCCGUUCUUCGAGUGGCUGCACCACCUCGGCUCAAUCGAGUGGCGCAGUCGCCUCGUGACCCGGUCCCUCACGUUCCUGUCCGGGUACUGGCCGUCGGUCGAGGUCGUCAACUGGCCAGAAACAGCGCCCGGCCAAGUCCCCGUCCGCCAACCCGACGCCAACAGCCGCGCAGGCGUCCUCUUUGCGAGAUUCAACCACGUCCUCUCUCACGUGCACAGCCUUGCGCAUCCGGUCGACGGUCCUGCAGGCCCGAGCGUGUACGAGCCGCAGCGCCGGUAG